CCUAUAUUCAUAAACAUGUAGCUACUAGACUGAGUUCAAUUGAAAUUUCUACGUUAUUCAGACAGUUUUAGCUGCUAGUGACGCAAUAAAACCUAAUUCCAGAUUAGUACGAAAGUUUAAGAUCUUUUAAAUGAUAUUAAUAUCGAUUGAUGAUAACCAAAUACCCGGAUGUUACUCCUUUCAGAAUCAUGAGUGGAUACGCUGACCACAGUGACGCUCUGGACCCCAAAUAUGGAGACCCAUUUCCGGUCCCGAUCGUCAUGGCAACGGAAGAAACUCUGAAAGGGUAUGGCACAAUCGUGACCAACUUUGACGAGACAAAAGUUGAGAUAACACCGUGGCCAGUUAAGGGUUGGCGACCACUUUUUCCCGGUACCGGAGACAGGGGCGGCGAAAUCAGCGGCGAGUUUCUCUACAAAUGGACGGGCGAAUACUGCACGGCUUUGAACAAGGCCGUUGACGGCGAUUACGUCACGGGGCGGUUACCCGGCAACGUAUCACCUAAUAACCGAUCGCAUGUGCUUGUGAGAGAGGCUAACUACCAUCCUGACGGUGGCCAGGUGUUCUUUCCCACAAAGAAAGAACCGUUCGUGGCAUUGCUAGCACUUCCGGGCGAUGACAUCAAACUCGAGGACUUCGUUGCAUUCUAUUUCGACGGGAGUUUUGGUUUUCAGAUUCACGCAGAUAUCUGGCACCAGCCCCUGUAUCCGGUCAGCGACGAGGCGGUGUUUCUCGGGAAACAGGGCGCCGUGCACGCAUGCGUGGUGGUUGACACGGCAAAGGAGUUCGGGAAGUACCUGCUGGUUCCCUUGACCCCGCCAGAGAAAUAGAGGUUGAUGCCCGGCAACUUGGACGGACUGAUUAGACUAAUGCAGUCGUUUUUGUCGGACAUUCAAUUCAUAUUAAUUAUAUUACUAAAAUAGAAUCCGAGGACUUUCACUCCCACUUUGGACAUCGUCCUCUGAACGGAAGUAGACUGAUGCAGUCUGUCACCUUUUAAUGCAUUAUAAUUGUAUGAUCCUCGUUCUUAGAAAAUUGUGUUUGAUGCUUGUGUGUAAAGUUCGUUCCUGCGCGUUUGACUUAGUCUCGAACUGGGAAAACAGAGUUUAAUGCAUUUGCGUCAAGUGUCGUCCCAGAUUAGCAUGUGAAGCCCGUAGAGGCUAAUCAGGGAGGGCACUUGCCACAUUUACGGAAUUUUUCAUUUAAAAUACGUCUCUUCUCAGCGAAAAUCCUGUUUACGCCUUUAGUGUCGUCUUUGAUUAGCCUGUGUGGACUGCACAGGCCAAUAUUGGAAGACACUUAUCGCUCAUGCAUAAAGCAAAGUUUUCCCAGAACGAGGUUCGUUUAGCCAUGUGUAAAUUGGUUCAUUUUUAUGUAAUGUAAACAGCGCUUGCCAUUCUUAGCUUCCUCAAGAAAGUUAACCGAAAAUUGUCGCAAAAAAAGUUAAAUAUAACUUUGCGAAAUAUAAAACACAAUAUAUUAGUCUACAUUUCUUUGAUUGGUUCUGUUUUGAUGCAGUAGAACGUUUCUCCGUACAUAUAUUGAAUGUUGUCAAUUUUCAUUCUUCUUAGACUGUAAGCAGUGUAUAUAUAUAUUUGUAAUGUUGAUGAAGCAUA